AGGACAUUCCGCGGCCUCGAAGACAGAGCCGUGUCGACAACCUAGCCAUCAGGACGUUUUUCAAAACCGAGAAGUGUACGUGUGGUCGGGUUCGCGGUGCGAGUUGGUUGUUUCUUCUUGUUUCUUUUUUUCGAAAAAACAUCACCAUAUUUCUUUACUUGUAUUUCUCAUUGUUCAUUCAUUCAAUUUUUUUAAAUUCCUUUUUUCGACCGCUAAUAUCGUGAUUACGGGAAAAAAUAGUAUUUAGUAAAAUUUUUCAAAAACUUUUUAGUGGCUUUGUGAUUACGAUUUUCAAAGGUGAACUUUUGAACCCGGUUGUACCAUUUGACUCGGAAAGGUGUAUUUAAUUUUGGAUCCAGAAUCAGAAUUCCGUUACUUUCGCACAGGUGCGAAUUCAGAUCUUUCGGGUACGGAGUUUUAAUGGUUUAAGAUCUUGAUCAAUUGGUAUUUUCUACAUAACAAACACUUAAGAUGGGCUCGCACACAAUCGGCCUCAUCGCUUCAGGGUUCCUCCUUCUAGUAUUCUUCACAGGAAGUUUCGCUGUUAUAGCGAAAACGGCAUUUGAGAAGCUGACCGAUUACGACUAUAGAGGAACGACAUAUUACAGUGUUCGAAAUUUGAGUCUCUAUGAAUGUCAAGGAUGGUGUAGGGAAGAACCGGAAUGCCAAGCGGUGGCCUUCUCUUUUGUUGUGAAUCCUUUGGCACCCAUUCAAGAAACCCUUUGCGAAUUACAAAAUGAAACCGCAGCUUCGAAUCCUUCCGCUCAACCUCAGAAAGCUGCUAAUAUGUAUUACAUGACAAAACUUCAAAUUAGAUCUGAAAAAGUCUGCAAGAGGCCAUGGGCCUUUGAACGUGUGACGAACAAGAUGAUACGAGGUUUUGACAAUGCCCUAAUUUACGUCUCGUCGAAAGAAGGAUGUUUGACGCAUUGUUUGAAUGAAAAUCGGUUUACCUGUAGAUCCGUUGAAUACAAUUAUGCCACUCUUCAGUGCCAAUUAAGUGAUUCCGACAGGAGAACCAUUGGACACAUUGCACAAUUUGUUGAUUCACCCGGAAUCGAUUACUUCGAAAAUCUUUGCCUCAAAGGUAAGGAUGCCUGUAAAACGAAGAAGAAGUUCGUAUCGCCAAAAAUUGGGGUAAGUGAGGAGAAAAUCAACCAAUACGCUGGAUUGAAUUAUUAUACGGACAAAGAGCACCAAGUACAAAAUGAAUCGGCUUGUAAACUUGCUUGCGAGGUAGAAACCGAAUUUCUCUGCAGAUCCUAUCUCUAUCGUGGUCCACCAAUGAGCAACACCUAUAAUUGUCAACUCUUCCAUUUGGAUCAUUGGACACUUCCUGAUGGACCAAAUACCUACUUGAAUGCUGAACGACCUCUUAUCGAUAAUGGAGAUCGUAUUGGUUCUUAUUAUGAAAACUAUUGUGAAAAAGAAGCUGUUCCAUCUACCACUGAAGGUUUAUCGGACAAUUCAGGAUUCAAGAAUGAUGUUGAGAAGGAACAAUUGAACUGCGAUAAGACCGGAACAUGCUACGAUGUUUCUGUUGACUGCAAAGACACACGUAUUGCCGUCCAAGUUAAAACAAACAAACCUUUCAAUGGACGUAUUUAUGCUUUGGGACGUUCUGAGACUUGUAACAACGACAUCAUUAACAGUGAUAUUUUCAGAUUGGACUUGACAAUGACUGGUCAAGAUUGUAAUACGCAGAGUGUGCUGCCUGUUGACCUGCAGCGUGACGGUUUUCAGACUGGCAUUUACUCCAAUACGGUUGUAUUGCAACAUCAUUCGGUGGUUAUGACGAAAGCUGACAAAAUCUACAAAGUCAAAUGUACUUACGACAUGUCAUCAAAGAACAUUACCUUUGGGAUGAUGCCAAUUAGAGAUCCAGAAAUGAUAAGUAUCACCAGUGCACCUGAAGCACCACCACCAAGGAUAAGAAUUCUCGACAGCAGAUCACGAGAGGUCGAAACUGUUCGUAUUGGAGAUAAACUCACUUUCCGAAUUGAAAUCCCAGAAGAUACUCCUUAUGGUAUUUUUGCCCGAAGCUGUGUUGCAAUGGCUAAGGACUCGAAGAGUACUUUCCAAAUUAUCGACGACGAGGGAUGUCCUUUGGAUUCUUCUAUUUUCCCAAGCUUCACACAAGACGGCAAUGCUCUGCAAUCAGUUUACGAAGCAUUCAGGUUUACUGAAUCCUAUGGCGUAAUCUUCCAGUGCAAUGUCAAAUACUGUCUCGGACCUUGUGAACCGGCAAUGUGUGAAUGGGGACGUGAUUCAGUGGAGUCUUGGGGCAAGAGGCGUAGAAGAAGUGUUGUCAAUUCCACUGAAGAAAAAUCGGAAGACAUGACUCUUUCACAGGAAAUUCUUGUCUUGGACUUUGGCGAUGAGAAGCAGACCGACUUCUUGAAGAACGAUGCCAGCAUAGAUUUCAAUGAACUUGACAAAACCAUAACAAUUGAGCGACCAUGUCCAACGGCCGGCUCCCUCCUAGCAAUGCGAGUGACCUGCGCACUUCUAAUUCUCAUCUACAUCUCCACAAUCUUCUGCUAUUACAUGAAGAAAUGGUUGACACCCCGCAAAAUGAUGCCUUAAAACUAUUCCCAUUUUCUGACUUUCUACAAGUUGUACAAGAAAAAAAAAGAGGGAGCCGUAUGUGAAAGAAAUGAAUGAGAGAAGGUGCGAAGAAGUUUAGACUCAAAGUAUAAUAUAAAAUUACACUUCAUACGCAUUCAUACUCAAGAGUAUACUCAAAAUCACGUCAAUUAUUGUUAUCAAAUAAAAAAACGUGACUAGCUUAUGAUCAUCAUUCAACGAACACACUUUUUUGUCAAUAACUGACAAAUACAUCUAUUGAAAAAACACAUUAAAAAUUACCUAACUCAUUAUCAUGCUAAUUUUGAUCAUGUUACAAUUAAAUCAAAUCUUCGCAGGGGUGAACUGGCAAUAUAUUCCAAUUGAUAACGAAAUACCGAUUAGUCAAUCAAAUAGCCGGUUAUAAUCAUUCUUUUUUUUUACUUAACCGGUUUUGUUCUCUCUCUCUCUCUGGUUCGCUCCUGAGUCUCAGGGAUCCAAUCGAACUAAGAAUCCAAUUAGUUUGACAUUUUUUUAUUAUUUUGGUUUUUACAGUAGUAGUAACUUUAUUGGAUUCGCCCUUGAAUUAAUUUUCUGAUUGACUUGUAACUUGUAUCAAGACUAGUAAAUACAUAUUUAAACAUUCACGCUUGAUUAACGUCUUUAAUGAUAAAAUCUAGCUUAAAAAUAUUUGUUAAGAUUAAAGUGGCAACUAGGCUAAACGAAAGACAUUAAUCGAAAAAAAAGUUGAGUUGUUACUCGUAAAAAGCGCUUUAAAACUCAAAAUUCAAUCACUUGUAAUAUAAAAUACAAUUUUAAAUGAUAAUUCCAAAAAAUGUUCGCUUUUUCAUCAAUAUAGAUUAGUACUUAGUUAUCAGGAGCUAUGUCACUGAAUAAUUAAAAAGCUUCUAGAAGAAAAAUUGUGCAAUAAAAAAAAGCGAAGGAAUAUAUUUUUAAAUGGUAUUUUAUAUUAUAAUUAAUUAAGGCUGCAAUUUAAUGAAAUUUAACGGAAAAUAUGAAAGAAUGAUUUUAUGUCUGUGUACGAGCGCAAUUUUCAUGUUGUACGAUAAUUAUUCAAUUUUAAUAAUAUCCAUAUUUUACAGCUUAGCAUUUUAUAUUAAAACUUGGACUUUACUGGUAGUAAGUAUAAUUUUAUGAACCACCUACAAUGUCAUAAACUAUUUCAAGUAAUCAAAGUACGCAGUAAUUUUCAAGUUUUUAUUUGUCGAUCGUAAAUCAUUUUUCUCUAAUCUUAUUUUCUUUUUUCAAUUACAAUAAUUCAAUAUUACAAUAUUGGAUGAUUUAAAUUUUUUUUUACUUUUACAAUCGACAAAUUUAAACCCAUAGUUUUAAGGAGGAAACAACUGCUUUCGCGACGAUUUGUUUGCAAAUGUGAAAUUUUUUUUUAAAAUCUCUGUUUAGAAAAAGAAUGUGUACGAUAAGUUACUAUUAUUAUUUAUUUUUAUUAUUUAUACUUUCGUCGAAAUCGAUUGCAAUUUAUGUUUAGAUAAAUUGAGUCAAAUAUGUAUUUUGAAAAAAAUGUCAACCAAAGUUAAAUUGUGGAGUAAGUGCAGAGUAGGGGAAAGUUAACAAAUUUUAAAAAAGAGAGAUAAUUUAUGGUUUAAUAAGAAAAUUAAACCAUUAAAUUUGUUAGCAAUUAUCAUUGUAAGCGAAAUUCUUUUUUAUGUGUUAAAUAUUUUUUCUUUUUAAACGUCAAAUAAAUAUUUAGCAUUUGUUUUUUAAAUUUAAUCUUUCGUUUUAUAUGUUAAAUGUAAUUUUACCAUUUCCGUCGUAUUAGUUAAUAUAAAUUUAACGUUUCGUUUUAUAUAUUGAUAUAAUUUUUUUUAUUUGAUAUGUUAAAUGCAAAUUUACUAUUUCCUUUUUAUACGUCAAAUAUAAAUUUAACUUUUUUUAAAUGUUAAAUAUGACUUUAACAUUU